UAAAACCGCAACGACCGGGUACAAGGCAGGCGCAGUGAUGCGAGCUCCAAUGUGGAUUUAAAUAUGAUUAAGAAUCGUUUCAGAUCCGCAGUUUCCGGUUUCUAUAGCUCCGACGCUUUGCAUCCCAUGCCGCUUCGAAAUUCACCAGCAUACAUUUCCUGUUCCACAUAAACUGACAGACGACAGGGAGCAAAACUUUUAGAUUCAGAGGGGAAAUCGAAGCUUAGAGAUAAACCUCACUCGCACACUGACCCGUAGUUGAAGCCUGAAGGUGACUCCUGGAUCUUCGUUUGUUCCACAGUUAUCAUCCCUUCAUCCUGCUCAUCAGAUCUAAAGAGACUGAAGAGUGAGAGUGGUGCUUGUAGAUAUUUUUACGUGCACGUAUAUGAUCGAAGAAGGACAUGCUAUUCUGAUCAGGAUAUGGUGGUUGUGGAGAAGAUCUAAGCCCCAGACUCUUUGUUUCUUAGCAUUUGUUGACUGCAAGUGCCCGAUCUUGUGCUGAUCUGACAAUCGCCUUUGUUUCCAGUUCCUUUUUAUCAGAUAUUUUUCGAUCUUAAAGUUUGCACCAGUGGUUAAGCUAGAUCUUGUGAGUGAGGUUAGGAUCCGAGCCGACUCGGUUAUUGGAUUCAGAUGGAGACACUCGUUUUAGUUUCUGAGCACAGGAACGAGUACUAUAACAACCAGGCCAGGGGACAUGGCGGUUUUGGUUUUGGGCCCUUUCUAUCACCGCCUUCUGGAAGCUUUAGGGAGAUAAGUUGCCGUUCGUUCUAUGCAGGAUCAGGUUUACUCCCAACGCCGUUAAAGUCAUACUCAACUCCGAUCACAAAACGAUCACGUUCCUCUUCAGCUUCUUUUUCACCUAGGACACCAUCUCCAUCUGUAAAUCCAACCAACGAUCAGAAAAAAAGGAUAAGAUCUGUUAGAAGUAUUGCGAUACCAAUUGAACUCAAAGUUAGGGAUAGUCCUAGGAAGGUUCAUUCUAUGAAAAAGGACUUUCAUUUCUCAGAGAGAUGGGCGGGUCCCACAUACUCAAACUCACCUCCUCCCAGUUCUUUACCAAUUCCAAAAUUUUGUUUGAAACCUAAAAGGUCCGUUUCUCUGGAUUUACCAACUGCAGUUUCUGCUUUUGAUUUUCACCCCAUUGCUCUUUCAGCACCGACCUCCCCUACCAGGGAAUGGAGCUCAUCUUCAGAAGAUAUGUUUGACCUUGAUGACUCAGCUACGAAAACCCUCCGUCGCAUUCUCAACCUUGACAUUGCGGAUGAUUGAGGAUCCUGGGGAAGCUAGACCUCCUUCCCCAACAGGGAGUGUAUCUAGUUUCUGAAGGAAGUAACCAUAAUUAGUGUAUAUAUGGUGAAUAAAGAAUCAGUUACUCCAACUGAUUCUUGUUUGUUAUUUGGUUUUUGUAAAUGGUCGUAAAGAACAAGGGCAUACCCUUCAGCAAGCAGUUGUUUAUGUGUUUCAAGGGCUAGAAUGGCUGGCUGAUCAACUAUCUUCAAAAUUUUCAUGCUCUGUUGUGUCCCCUGGAUGGAUACAAGCUAGAUAAGUGUUCUGGGGAGUGAAUUGGAACUGGCUUCUGAAAGUUACUGGUGGUAAUCUGUUGCUACAUAGCUUUUAGUUCUUAUGAUUCAACUCUAAUGAAAUUUCUGCAAGCUUGCAGAAUUGCACAGUGAAAAUCCUAAACCACAACCCUCUUUAGAAUGUCAAAUCUGAUUGCCUUCUUUUAGUCAGUUAGUUAUCUCAAUAUAUUUUGUAUAUACCCAAAGUCCUCUUUUCAUUUGGUUUUCUCUUUCUAGUUGACCAUAAUCUUAGCUCCCUGUUCUUGUUGUCUCUCUUUUACGCUUCCCUCACUAUGACUUUUAACUCGGUACUUCAUAAUUCAUAUGCCCUUACUGCAUAGGCUAUUUAGAGAACUGUUUCUUGCAACCACUUUUCCUUCAGUUCCCUAAUUUUCCUUUCCUUACUUGCUCAUCAUAUCUCUUAGCCAAUAUAGAUAGGUCUUAGCCUAUACUUAACAUGUCAAAGCUGCUUUCUCCUUCACCACGUUUCUUGUUUUUUUGAAAAGAAAAUGGGAAGGGGAAGCAUAGAUUGCUACAUCUAUUUCUACCUGAACACUAAUUCCCUCCAAGGUCUAGUAGCUUUUAUGUCUGUAUUAGUUGUGUCAGUUCUCUGCUUCAGAAUCCUACCAUUUCAAUGUUAAAAAUCCAUGUGACUGGAAAAUAGUUGAUCUGCCAAGCUCUGUUCUCAAGCUCUUGUAAGGUGAUUGGAUGGACAGAAGUUGUUGAUUUGGCUGUGUUACUGUACCCGACUGCGUUCUUGUUCUGGCUAGUGUUGUUGCUUGGUCUGUUUGUUACUUUAUUCCAUUUCAAGUUGGUCUGGUGGUGAUCACUUACGGCGGUGUUUUACUCGAUUAUUCGUGUAAUGCACAAUUGUCACGUAACUGGUGUGAACCUCUUAUUUCGAAUGUCAUACUCUCUAUGUUCUUGUUGGGUUUAGACUUUGAGACCGAGUUAGUAAUCUAUCAAUCAAAUGGAUAAUGUUGUCUUUGUUGGUA